AUGGGCGGCAUAAACCUCGAAGUCUUCAAGUUCGGCACCUAUCUGCUGUUCCCUAUCGGAAUCAUGUACUACUUUGGAACAAACCUGGACAAUCGAUUCACCGUCCACGACUUUUGGCCCAAGCCCGAGGAGUGCAACAAGCUGCCGCAGGAUCGAGAGGAGAUCAAGGCCGAGUACGAGAGAAUCGUGGCGCGACAGAAACUCCGGCAG